AUGCUCAGUACCUUAGUGACUACGACAGCAUCGAGUGGCGGUAUGAUGUUGCCUGUUGCUGCAUUGAUCGCAUCCUUUGCCUUGCUGAUUGUCAAAGGCAUCGUGAACUCUCGAGGAAAUAAAAGAAAACGCAUUGUGUCUGGUAAAUCAGAUCUUAAUGAGUUUAUGAUCGAAGCGUUACAGCCUCUACUAGAUCGAUACACACCAACCUGGUGGACAAAUUCGCAUAUUCAAUGUAUCUUGACCUUUUUAGUGCCUCAAAGCUUUGUCAAAUAUAAAAGAGAUAUCCUUAUACUCAAAGAUGGUGGCCAGGCUUCUCUUGACUGGGCAUUAGAAUCUUCGGUUAAGAUGAAAAGUCCCCUGCAAAACGAUUCCCCCAUUGCUAUUAUCAUGCAUGGACUCGUUGGUUGCAGUGAGAGCAUGCGAUCUCUUUGCGCUGAGGCCCUUAUCCAUGGGUAUCGCCCCGUUGUGUUCAACAAACGUGGCCAUGGAGGAUUAAAACUCGCUACUCCAAAGCUACAGGCUUUUGGGUGUGUGCAAGAUCUGGAAGAAGCCAUUGCAUAUGUGGAAAAGUUAUAUCCGAAGAGUGAACUGUAUGGUAUCGGCAGUUCAGCAGGAUCAGGCUUACUGUGCAGUUACCUGUGUGAACUCGGUAAUAAGUCCCACCUUCGUGCUGGAGUGUUGAUUUCGCCUGGCUACAACGCCUUCGAUCUUUUUUGUGGUGGCAAAAUCAACCCCGUGUACGAUUUUCUCAUGACAUUGACUCUCAAGUCGUUUCUACUUCGUCAUAAGAACGAACUAAAUGAAGUGGUCAAUGUGACAGAAGCCUUGAAAGCGAAAAGCAUUCGCGAAUUUGAUGAGCAUGUGUACAUGAAAAUGCAUGGUUAUCAAGACUUGGAGGCGUACUGGAAGGUGAACAAUCCGAUGCGAGAUGUGGACAACCUCAAGAUGCCAUUUCUCUGCAUUAACGCUCUGGAUGAUCCGGUUUGCACCAAGGAAACGAUUCCGUAUGACGAAUUUCGAAAGAAAUCGAACGCCAUGCUUUUGGAAACACCUCAGGGUAGCCACUGUGCUUUUUUUGAAGGUACAGUUCAGCUCAAAUCAUGGUGUAAUGAAGUUGCGAUGACGUAUCUCGAUCGUCUACGUGAAUUUCAAGCUACCGCUGAUAUUGUAAAUCAUGAAAGGCCAUCAAGUGCUCUGACAUCACAAUAA